CAUGAGCUGGCUCCGCUUUGUGCAUUAACUGCUGUGUCUGUGUGUCGGGUGUGCCUUCUCCGCGCAGGCCUUCGUGCGUGCCCCCCGCCGGGCCGUGAGCCGGGGCCGUGAGCCGGGGCCGUGAGCCGGGGCCGUGAGCCGGGGCCGUGAGCCGGGACCCUGAGCCGGGACCCUGAGCCGGGGCCCUGAGCCGGGGCCCUGACCCCGAGCCCGGCCGAGCCGCAGCGGCCGGCGCCGCUCUCCGAAGAUGAACGACUCGGAGCCCCUGGACCAGGCUCCCAACGGCACCCUGCUGCGCGGGCCCCGCCCCCAGGGGGGCCCCCAGGACCUCGUCCACACGGCCACCCUGGUCACCUGCACGCUGCUCCUGGCGCUCGCCUUCUGCCUGGGGUCCUACGGCAACCUCGUCGUCUUCCUGUCCUCCUUCGACCCGGCCUUCCGGAAGUUCCGGACCAACUUCGACUUCAUGGUCCUGAACCUGUCCUUCUGCGACCUGUUCAUCUGCGGGGUGACGGCGCCCAUGUUCGCCUUCGCGCUCUUCCGCUCGGCGCGGGGCCUCCCGGACGCCUUCUGCUUCGCCUUCCACGCCACCAGCUCGGGCUUCGUCAUCAUGUCCCUGAAGACGGUGGCGGCGAUCGCGCUGCACCGGCUGCGCAUGGUGCUGGGCCGGCAGCCCAGCCGCCCCGCCUCGGUGCCCGGCGCCGCGCUGCUCGCCGCGCUGCUCUGGGCCAGCAGCUUCACGCUGGCCGCCCUGGGCGCCCUGCGGGCCAGCAAGGCCCAGCUGUGCCUCCCCCUGUCGGGCCUGCCGGCGGCGGAGGGCGCGGCCGCGCCGUCGCUCUACGCCGUGGACUUCAGCUCCUGCGUGGCGGUCGUGGCCGUGUCCUACAUCCUGAUCGCGCAGACGCUGCGCAGGAACGCGCGGGCCCGGCGGCGCCCCCCGGCGGCCGCGGCGGAGGCUUCGCGGCCGCCGCCCUUCGCGGGCGGCCCGGGGCGGCGGGGGGCCGAGCCCGCGCUCUACCGGCACCAGGGCUGCCCCCGGCCGCCCGCGCCCGCCGCCCGCCGCCCCGGGCCGCCCGCGCCCGCCGUCAACCUGGCCGCGGCCAAGGACUCCAAGGCCGUGCUCACCUGCGUGGUCAUCGUGCUGUCGGCCCUGCUGUGCUGCGUGCCCCUGGGCGCGGCGCUGGCGCGGGGGGCGCUGUCCCGCGGGCCGGCGGCGGCGGCGGCGGCGGGCGGCGGCGGCCGCGGCCUCCACCAGCUGGAGCUGCUGGGCUUCGCCCUGCUGUUCCUCAAGUCGGGGCUGAACCCCUUCAUCUACUCCCGCGGCAGCGCGGGCCUGAGGCGGAAGGUGCUCGGGUGCCUGCGGGGCGGCGGCCUGGGCGCCUGCGGCUGCCGGCAGAGGACCCGGCUCCGCGCCGUCGGGAAGGGGAACCUGGAAAUCAACCGGAACAAGUCGUCCCACCACGAGACCAACUCGGCCUACGUGCUGUCCCCGAAGCCGCAGAAGAAGUUCGUGGACCAGGCGUGCGGGCCCAGCCAGUCCAAGGACAGCGCGGUGAGCCCCCGGGCCUCGGCGGGGCGGCCCGGCGGCCCGAGCAGCUCGACCCCGGCCGACACGCGCCUGGAGCCCUACUACAGCAUCUACAACAGCAGCCCGCCGCGGGGGGACGGCGCCCCGCGGGCCCCGCGCUGCCCCGGCCUGGCCGCGCCCUGCGGCGCCAGGCGUCCGCGCGCGGCCGGCGACCUGCUGCGAGGCCCCGGCGCGGCGGGGCCCAUCCCGGUGCCCUCGGUGUAGCGCCCGGGCCCACGCCGCGGCGGGAGGCGCUGCUGCUGCUGCUGCUGCUGCUGCUGCUGCUGCUGCUGCGGGCACCCGCGCCCUCCGUGGCCGCUCUGCGCCCCCGUCCCCCGCCGCCCCGGUCAGCCCAACCGCAGGCCCUUCGGAUCCUCCGACGUCUGCAGGAGUCUGCAGGAUCCGUAGCUUCUGUGCAUUUGCCUUGCGGCCCCCCAGGCUCGGAAGAUCCUGGCGAAGGGGUUACACGAGUGGACGGUCACCCCGCGCCGCGCCCCCGCCUCGGUACUAAGCUUCUCACCAGAUGCCGGGGAUGCUCGCGCUGAGCUACGGGGGGCACGAACCCCUGUGCGCGUAGGCGUCGGUGUUCGGGGUCCUCGAAGGACACGGGAGCUGGAUUUUUUUUUUUUUUUUUUAACCGUGGGAAGGUAUGAUCUUCACCGAGACGGACUCUUUUUUUUUUUUUUUUUUCUUUUUAAAUGAAUCGAACUCUGAAUUUUGACCCUCUGAAGCGUGGAGAGGGUAUUGUUGUUCCAGUGCACCCUCUCUGGUAGCGGGUUUACUUGAAGACCUACCGCAGUGUCAAAGCGGAAAAUGAGAAAUGUUUUCUCUGUGGUUACCCUUGACCCAAGACACACAGGCACUAGGUACUUUGCUUUCGGCAGACAGUCCAAGUAGUAUGAUCGCUCCCGUUUCUUAUUCGAGACCUCAUUCUUUUGUGUGAAUCGACUAGCUGUAUAGUUUUUUUUGUUUUUGUUUCUUUAAAGAAGUAUGUUUCUGCUUGCUAAAAAUGAAUUAUUCUAUUUUGGAAUGAGCUUACUACCCAAGGACUGUUCCUGUAGUGGAGGAAUGUGAUUUCUGGGAGCAGAGGCACUAACGGGGGCCUCUGCGCCAGGGCCUGGUGACGUGGGUCGCAGUCAGGACUGCUGUUGCGUGUCAGAUGAUCUUCAUUAUUGCCUAAGAAGGUGUUAAGAAUGAGAUCGGAAAAAAAAAAAAAAAAAAAAAAAAAGAAUGAGAUCGAGAGGAUUUCCAUCUACGCGUCGCUUCUGUGCAAGGAUGGCUCGUUAACAACCUGACAAAGAGUUUCCAAGUCACUAUUUAAAAAUGAUUUUUUUUUGGUCUUUGUUUAAAUAUCACUAUGGUAACAAAAACAUUCUUGAGGUGAUCCGUUCUCAAAAUAAUUGUGUGAUUCCUCUCCCAUUAGUCUUGGUAAUGGGCAAUAAGGAAAACUAGAAGAAGGAGUUCUUUACCUGGAACUAAUUUUACGAUGGACUCUGUGAUUCCUAGCAUAACAACCGUAAAUUCACAUUUUUUAUGUAAAGAUAUUUUCAUUAUACUGUUAGCUUUUGAACUUGCCACAGCUUUGGAACUACAGCUGUUAGGCUCAAGAUGGGCAUCAAGAUCCAAAACCUGUCUUAGGAAUGGUCCUAUUGGAGAACUGUUGCUGCAGGCUGGAAGGAACUGUGUGGUUCUGGAUAAAGGUAUGGACGCAUAGCGCCCUCUCCAGGCUGUUCCGACGUACAAGAGUGCCCCGAGGUGCGGAGAAGGCAGCCGGAGCUCUGCACAGCCUCGCCCAACGCCCCCCUUCCAGCGCUGACCAGCCGUUUUGUUUCUAGGUUUCCGUGUGAGAUACGGCUUUUCUUUUCUUUUUAAAUUCACCUUUUAGGAAUUUUUCCUUCCCUUCCUUCUCUCCUUUUCUUCCUUUAUUUUUGCUAUUAAAUUUUAUAGCGCAAGAGAAAACACCCCCUCUGUCACAUUUGUUCUUGUUUGUAUUUGGAUGCUAUUUUUGGAAGUCACUAUAACCUAUUUCAAUUAUGCUUUUAUAUUUUUAAUACGACACUGUCUUCAUUUAUUACCACUGCCACGAGAUAGGUUAGUAUAUUACCCCUUUUUAACAAAGAACUACGAAAUCUAAUAUCCUCUCCCAAGAUCGUUUGAAGAUAAUCCUAAUUAGGGGUUAGACCUUUGUCAAAAUUUAGAGCUGGCUCUUUAUUCCAAUAAGCCAAGAGGAUACUUCAUACUUUUUAAGGUGUGUUUCUCGUUUUUGGCUAGGCAUUUCCAGUGUGAUUCAAUAAAAGAUUUUUUAAAAGUAAUUUUUACUUGUAAAAUUUAAGCUGACAGGUUUCUUGUACGACUUUUUGAGUUAGGGACGACCCGAUCCAUCUUUGGGAGGUAAAAGUUACAGUAUAAAGAAAAGGAAGCAUGCGCAUAUGAGGUACUCAGUCUCUUUGUGCUCAUCGAGAAAUUACUGAUUUAACUUGCAUGAAAUACAUGUUGGGCUAGAUUCUUAGCCCUCCUCCACAUCUAUCUCUACAUCUAUGUGGAGUUACGGAGAUAAAUGUAACUUAUCUCUUCAUAAGUUAUAUAUGUCUAUCCAUAGAGGGAGAUAUGGAUAGGUACAUAUAACUUCUCUAUAAGGGCUAAACUGAGAACUAAAAAUAAUGAGAAUUCAGUUGAAUGUGACUAAUUAUUAGCAGGGUAUAUUAAUUAGUUCUCUUGAUGCUUUACUGUGAUGCAAAGUAUGUGAUGUAUUUCAAACAUUUUAUAAUUGUUCUGAUGUUGACCUUUAGGCCAGAUUUGUAUUUCUGAUGCUUUUAAUGUUCUUUUAAAAUAAUGUUUGGAAAAUAAAAACCCUAACAUUUCUGAACAUCA